AUGCGCGCGAGCGCCGCCGCGAGCGCCGCCGCUGCGUCCACGUCCGGUCGCGUCGCGCGCGCUCGCGCGCGCGCGCGCGCCUCGCCUCGCGCGCGCGCCGCCGCCGACGACGACGACGCCCUCGGCGCGGACUUCUUCGCCACCGUCGACUUCGACGGUCUCACGCCGCCGCGAAAGGCCGCCAAGGCGCUCGCCGACCUCCUCACCAUGUCCGCCGUCCGCGUCGUCCUGGACCAGAUGUCAGGGACGCGACACCGCUCGCCGAUGGCGCCGAAACUGAUCGAUUACCUGCACGCCAAGCCGCUGCGCGCCGACGCGAGCGCGUGGUUGGCGGAACUCAUGGCGCACGAAGAGCUGGAUUACCGACUCGUCGCCGUGCGAAUCAUCGAGACGAGAAAAGUGCUGGCGUGCGAUGCCGAGGGAUUCGAUUACGAUUGGAUGAAGGCUGAGGCGAUCGACCGGACGCGCGAGGAUAACUUGACGCUUCGGCGCGCGAUGUUGACGGGCGCGCUCGAGGCGGGCGAUCGCGAUUCGAGCGGCGAUCGCGAUUCGUAG